CUAGACGUUGCCUUCGUACUUUUAAUACCAGCUCGGUUCAACCCUUCCAUCUAAGUCUCCCCUGUUGCCUUGAACCAUGUCGACGAAGCGAAAGAUUGGAGUUAGUACUGCGACGACAGAAGCUGCACGUAGGCAGCUCAUGCAACCGGUCCCAUGCUGGGAGAAAGUUUGGUCAUUGCCACAAGAUGCACCACCCAGCUCUGCGUUGAGAGUGUACAAGUGGGUAAAGACGGAUAAGAAACAAAAUUUCAGCGAUGAUGAAGAGGAACCCGAUUUGCCCCUCGUACCACUGCCAGACGAACCUGAAACCCAGGAGGGCGACGAUGACAUGGAGCAAGACGACCAGACCAAUUCUGUUGCGCCAGAUUCAGCAUCGCGAGCGGUUUCGGAACCCGUUACUCUUCCUCAAGAGCCUGAGGAUGCAACUCCUGCUCCUCCAAAGCGUCACCCGCUUUCCAUGUCAUUAGUACCCGGCUCGCCAACCCCUCCACCCGAACUCGACGAAUCGGCAUUGAACACAGACCUCAACCCUCUUGAUCCCGCUGUGGACGAUACUGUUGCACUUGAUGAUACGCCAGGGACGUCGUUGCAGGUGCCUCCUGAGUUGGAGUUAGGUGGCGACAUAACCGAUCUCGACAUGACCCAGUUAGGACCUGAUGGAGAGCCGUUUGAAGGCGCAGGAGAAUUAGCGCAACUUCAACCUACUGACACGUUAUUGGGAGGAGAGGCAUUGGAUGAGAGUUCAGAUCCCUUCAAUACAGCACAGAUCCCUUAGUAAAAGGUAUUCUCGACUUCGAGGGUUUUAUGUGCGUGGGUUAUUAUUUAUUCAUCUUGAUGCUCUUCCCAUUCUUCUGUAAUAUGCCUCAUUUGCAGCGUCUAAAAACGUAAUCGUAUGCCCUCCUUUGUAUUUUAAUGGAAUGCUUAUAUCUUGC